AUGGACGAGUGGAAGAAUUUUUGCAUCCGAAUCGAAAGGGCAAAGGAUCUUAUAGCUGGGAAAGGUGAUCCAGAGAAAGUUGCAAUUAAAAUUAUUCGCAGCAAUAAACAUUGUACAAGGCUGAUUUUCAUCGCCCUGAAGCACUUGAAGGAAUGCAAAGUUUUGCACUGCGAUAUAAAACCUGACAAUAUUUUGGUGAACGAGGCUAAGAAUGUGCUCAAGCUGUGUGAUUUUCGCAACGCUAUGUUUGCUGGAAAGAACGAGGUUACACCUUAUCUUGUCAGUCGUUUCUACCGGGAACCAGAGAUUAUUCUUGGGUUGCCCUAUGACCACCCAUUAGACAUGUGGUCAGUUGGUUGCUGUCUAUAUGACCUCAGCACAAGACAAGUGUUAUUCCCAGGAAAAUCAAACAAUGAUAUGCUUCGGCUUCAUACGGAGUUGAAGGUCCUUCCUAGGAAGAUGCUUCGCAAUGGUGCCUUUAUGAUGGCACAUUUUCUCGGAUUUAAUCUGAAUUUUCAUGCCACUGACAAGGAUCCUGUGAUGAACAAUCCCGUGCCAAGGUUAAUGUUUAACAUUAAACCAAAGGGCAUUGGUUCUUAUAUUACAAACGUUCCUGGAGAGGAUCCAAAAACAGUAUCCAGUUUUAAAGACCUUCUGGAUAUAUUCUUCUUGGAACCAGCAAAAAGGUUAACUGUAGAAGAAGCACUUCUCCAUCCUUUUAUCACUGGAAAGUGA